AACAUUUUUCAAUGAAUGGGAUGGAUGCUGUUACUAUCAGAGUGUGCUGAAGGUGGACAGCUGCAUCCUGAGUAUCCGUUCAAGUAGAGAAGAAAAAAACACGUGGAGGAUAUAGUGGAACGUGUGUAGUUUUGUGCAUCUGCUCGUCCGUGUAGUGAAGUGCGUGUGUACUGAAAGGAAUCUGCACUUCACUGCUCUUCACAGUGACUGGUCACAGUGACGGGGGGAGUGGUUUAAACUCACAGCUAAUCAGAGGGGCCUCGGGCAGCUCAAACAAGUGGUUGGGAGCUUGAUGAAAAUCAAGCACAUGCAGACUGGCACCGGUAACCUAAAGGGAAUGACAGACUACCUCUAAUUCCUGAUGGCUUUUUCUCCUCCUACCACUGAGAGGGAAUAAAAAGAAUCUGCCGCACCUCAAGAGGACUGUUUACACUUGGAUGCUAUUGGACAGAGACAUUCAGUCACUGAGAGAACCUGCACAUCCAACUUGUGCUAACUUUAUUUUUAGGUAAAUAGCUCUACUAUGAAGAUGCUGAAUGUGGACUUACUAGUUUUAAGUUUCUGCCUUGGUCUGGGGACGGGAUACAGUGCUAUGAGUAAGAGACAAUAUCAGAUCCAGAACGGGCCGUGCAGCUACACCUUUCUGCUGCCUGAGCAGGAAAACUGCCAAACCCAGAGCAGCAACUACAACUAUCCGAUCCAAGAGGAUGGACCUGUGGACAACGACGAGUCUGCUCAGAGGCUGGAACAGCUGGAGAUCAUCAUGGAGAACAACACGCAAUGGCUGCUCAAGCUGGAGAACUACAUACAGGACAGCAUGAAGCAGGACAUGGUCCAGCUCCAACAGACUGCUGUUCACAACCACACAGUUACGAUGAUUGAGAUUGGAACAAACCUGCUGAGUCAAACUGCAGAGCAAACAAGAAAACUGACCAAUGUGGAGGCGCAGGUAAUUCAUCAUACAACUAGACUUGAGCGUCAGCUUCUUGAAAAUUCCUUGUCAACCAACAAGUUGGAAAAACAACUAAUUGUCCAAACAAAUGACAUCAGCAAGCUGAAUGACAAAAACAGCUUUCUGGAGAAAAAGGUGGAGGAGAUGGAGGAGCAGAGGCAGGUGGAGCUGAAGAUGCUUCGAGAUGAAAAAGAGCAGCUUCAGGCUCUAAUACUGAGGCAGACAGCCAUCAUCGGCGAGCUGGAGCAGCAACUGCUCAAAGUGUCCUCCAACAACACUGUACUGCAGCGACAGCAGCAGGAGCUACUGGACACUGUCAACAACCUCAUUCACACCAUCACUGCCGGCUCAGCUCAAGAGAGCAAAACUGUCAUGAUGCAGGACACUCCGACCACAUUCACCGACUGUGCCGCUGUCUUCAAGUCAGGAAACACGCAAAGUGGAGUCUACACUCUCACAUUACCCAACACUACAAUGGAGGUUAAGGCUUUCUGUGACAUGGAGACAGAAGGAGGUGGGUGGACAGUACUACAAAAACGCUUUGACGGACAUGUUGACUUUCACCGUACGUGGCAGGAGUACAAAAAGGGAUUUGGAGAACCUUCAGGUGAAUACUGGUUAGGAAAUGAAUUUGUCUCCAGACUGACAAUUCAGCAGUCCUACAAUCUGAGGAUCCAGCUGAGUGACUGGGAAGGAAACUCUGGAUUCUCGCAAUAUGACCAGUUUACCCUCGACAGUGAAGCACAAAAUUACAGGAUACACCUUAAAGGCUUCAGUGGAACAGCAGGCAAAAUAAGCAGCAUCGGGCAGCCAGGAAGUGAUUUCAGUACAAAGGAUGCAGACAACGACAAAUGUGUUUGCAAAUGUUCACAACUGACAACAGGGGGUUGGUGGUUUGAUGCCUGCGGUCCGUCCAAUUUGAAUGGGAUGUAUUACCAACAAGGCCAGAACUCAAAUCGCUUCAAUGGGAUCAAAUGGUACUACUGGAAAGGCUCGGGCUACUCACUGAAGUCCACUACAAUGAUGAUCAGACCAGCAGACUUCUCAGGUUCCCUUUGAACCGUCAUGCUCUGAUUUAACAAAAAUGCUAAGCAAAAUUUGCCUGACAAAUGGCAACAAACAACAAAACCAAAAAUAAAAUUCACAAGGGAGCCAAAGCACUUCAUGAACAUUUUUUACAUACCUUUGGAAAGACAUAUUUUGUGCAUGUUUUUGUGUUUAAUUGUUUGAAUCAAAUGGGUUGUUGCAAGAAAUUGUGAAAUAUGGACUGUCAAAAUGACACAGACAGAUAAACUAUGUACAGAGAGCUAUAGGUAUAGUGAUUACAUUCAGCUAGCUAACAGGACAGAAGAGGCCAGAGGAAAAAUAGACAUUAAUUAAUCUAAUUUUCUAUAAGAUUUUAAUGUAGUUAAUUCAAUUAUUUAUGUUUUGAGUAAUAGCUGCCUAUGUCAUUGAAUAAAAGAGACUAUGGUACAACACGCAGAUCAACGACUGGCUCAUAAUGAUUUUUGCGUUUCUGUUAAAGGCGUAAAAUAUAAAUGCAAAUGUAAAAAUGCCACAGAAAAUGUUUCUCUUAAGACAGUGUUUUUCUCCUGAGAUUGUAUGUACAUUUGUUGUUUAAUUUAUAAGUAGAUUUUAAGUUUGAUAUUUAACAUUAUUGUAUAUGACAGACAUUUGUGACAGAUAUUGAGUCCUAAUUAGUUAACAAUUUUAUUGCACAUACAGUAAGAAGAUUUUUUAAAAUAUAAUUCUGCAGUAUGUUCCCACAUGCUCAUACAUGAUUAUCUUUUAUGCAGUCUUUUGGGAAUGUAUUUUUUUUAAUUUAUGCAAUAUUUCUUUUUAGACAAGCUUUGUGGUAAAGUUGUACAUGUGAGAAAGAUGAAUUUCUCACCAAUAAUACUACUGUUUGACUGUAAUGGUCUACCAGCUGUUAUGUACCUGAAGUUGAUUAUUAAACACAACCACAAGGCAGAGAGCUUACGACAUAAGCCUUACUGUCCUUUUCCUGUUCUACACUGUAACAACGAGCAGCCUGGUGAAUACGCAGUUCACCAACCUUUUUCAGCAAUGUUUUAUCAUUUCAAGUACAAAAUAAAAAUUCUAAAUGUUUAAAA